CACGUUACUGAAAUUCAAUAAAUAAAUUAAAGUACGUCGUGACAUUGUGGAGGGGCACCACCACCCGUCGCUCAGCUCCGCCCCGCUCCGCUCCUUUGACUUAGCCACCUACCCCCUCUAUGCCUUUCCCUUUAACAAACCUCCUGCUGCCAUUUCGAGAAGAAGAAGAAGAGUAGCAGAAUGGGUGGUAGAAGAGGCCGCUGCUUUCCGUGCCUCUUCCAUGGGAGGAGGAGAAGUAGGAGGAGGAUCAGAAGAACUUCUCCCCUCAAUGAGGAGGAAGAGAAGAGGUCACCCGUGCUUCUGGUCUCGGGUAUAGGAGGAUCAAUCCUCAAUGCGAGGAAGAAGCAGAAGAAUAAGAGCGGUGGUGAUGCUCCUGCGAUUAGGGUUUGGGUUCGCUUCUUUUUGGCUUCCCUCGAGUUCAAGAAGUACGUCUGGUCCAUCUUCAACCCCAAAACUGGUUACACAGAAUCUUUGGAUCCCGACAUUGAAGUGAUUGUCCCUGAUGAUGACUACGGGCUCUAUGCAAUAGACAUUUUGGAUCCCACAUGGUUGGUGAGAUGUUUACAUUUGACGGACGUAUAUCAUUUUCAUGAUAUGAUUGAUAUGCUGCUUGAGAGUGGAUAUGAGAAAGGGACCACUCUUUUUGGAUAUGGUUAUGAUUUUCGACAAAGCAACAGCUACUGUUUAUGUCAUUUUUGUCUAUGGGUGAACCUGUUACUCAUUUUAGUGUUUGGUUGGAUGAUAAGAAUAAAAAAGAUUGUGGAUGGGUUGAGAGAAAAACUGGUUACUGCUUACAAGGCUUCUGGUGGGAAAAAGGUGAAUAUAAUAUCACAUUCAAUGGGUGGACUGGUCGUCUUGGCCUUUUUGUCUCUACAUCGAGAUGUGUUUGAAAUGUAUGUCAAUUCUUGGAUUUGCAUUGCGUGCCCUUUCCAAGGUGCUCCAGGAUGUAUAAAUGAUUCCCUUUUAACAGGACUGCAAUUUGUUUAUGGUCUGAAAAGCUUCCUUUUUGUAUCCAGAUGGACAAUGCACCAACUGUUGAUUGAAUGCCCAUCAAUCUAUGAGAUGCUGCCAAACCCUGAGUUCAAAUGGAAGCAAUCACCACUCAUCAAUGUCUGGCGGAAACAAAGUGAUGGCAAAGGAAGCACUUCAGUCAAAAUGGAAAGUUUUGGCCCCAUAGAAACCAUGCAUCUGUUCAAAGAAGCACUGCAAGAUAAUGAGCUGGAGUAUGAUGGGAAGAGAGUACCUGUGCCUUUCAAUUUCUCAAUCCUCAAAUGGGCGAUAGAAACCCGCAGAAUCUGGAAAAGUGCCCUGCUACCUGAGAGCGUCCGCUUCUACAAUAUAUUUGGCACAUCAUAUGACACACCUUUUGAUGUCUGCUAUGGAUCAGAAACGUCUCCUAUUGGUAAUUUAUCCGAAAUAUGUCAAUCCGAGCCAGGAUAUUCUUGGGUGGAUGGCGAUGGCACAGUGCCGACUGAAUCAGCAAAGGCCGAUGGAUUUUCAGCAGCAGAACGGGUUGGCAUCAGCGAUACUCAUCGGGGCUUGUUAAGCAACGAAACACUAUUUCAGCAUCUCAAACAGUGGCUGGAAAUCAACUAACCAAAUCAAAGGAUUGAAGAGUCAAAUCAUUUUUUAAGAGAUUUUGCAAUACCGCAGUGACCAGUUAGUAUGAAGAAGUGGAACCAUGGUCCGAUAUGCUAAUUAGCGAAUGAAGUUUAACCAUUCUAGUCAUAUCUGUUAUUAUUGCUGUUACUAAAUGUGAAAAUAUCAUGAAUGUGCAAUUUAAAUGCGUUUUAAUGCCAAUAUGACAUUUGAAAUUUAUUUUUAUACAAGUAAUAUGUAUGCAUUGUAACAUUCAGUAUUGUUAAUCUC